CUCUUAAAUUCAUUUGUUUAAUCAUUAAGUUUAAUAUUUGAUCAAUGCGAUUAGAUUGUGAAACAUCGUGUUAGAAAUUAGUAUCAUUAUCGAGGAACCUUGAAAGUUUCUCUUUGUCUGUACCGAUGGAAAUAAACGUAACGUUUUGUCCUUUGAUUAAUAACGGAAACGGAUAGGAUUUAUUUAUUUCGGAAAAGAAAAAAAAGGAAAAAAAAAAAAAAUAGAAAGAAAAACGAUGCGUCGAAAAGAAUUAACAUUGUGUUCUAGAUCGAAACACGAACUUCGCUAGAGCGUAACCUUCCCAUGAACGGAUUCUUCGAUGUCGAAGAGAAAACAACGUUUGCUACGGGAGAAAAGUUUCACGAAUCUACUCGGAAAUACUUUCUAUAAUUUGAAGUUAUUCGAUGGACUUUAAAUCGAGUGAAUUUUUGAAGUGAUACUUGAUAUGAAAAACGUUUUGGGAUGGAAGAAAAGAUACUUGUGAAACUUGUUUUUUUCUUCCUCUAUUGGAUAAUUGGAUUUCUUUGAAAUUGAAAUGAACGAGGUGCGUCAUGUCUGGACGAGCUUACGAUCAUCAUCGAAAAGCUCGACUUUGAAUUCUUUAAAUAUGAAUAACGAAAAUAAUCGAGUUUCAACUACAACUUGGUAUGACAUACCAGCACCAAUAAUAAUACAUUGUCGUGAUUUCCGUGAGAACGAAGUUGUUAUGAUUAAUGAGAAAAUGGAAGAUCAAAAGUGUCAAGAAGAUAAUGAGAGACCUACGUCAGUUUCCUCGAUCGUUUCGAAUGACAAAAUUCACGUCGAAGAAGCAUUGUACGAAAACAAUAUGGAUAUGGUUAUACACGAGAACUCGAAAGAUAUUAAAGAUGAAUCGAGAUUGUUAAAGAUUAUCUCUAAUGAUUUGAAAACUACCGUAGAAACAUCGUUGGAGGAUAAAAAUAAGGUACACAGUAGUAGCGUUGAAUUAAUGGCAACAACUUUUGUGAAAACCGACGAGCACGGAAUGCCAACGAUAAGUUUCAGCUUUCUUCAAGGUGAUGAAUUACUUGAAAGGAAUACUCAAGAGAUAGAUGAAAUUUCGUUGGAAGAUAAAAAUGAUAAUAUCGAGGAAUCGACUCUGGAUCGAUUGUACGAUUUUCCUAAAAAAUCUUCUAAUAUCGAUAAUGAUAACGAAAUGUUGACAAAAGAGAAAGAAUGUAAGAUCGAAGAAAAUUCUGAUAAUGCAAUUGCCGAAUUAUAUGAUAAACCGAAAAGAUUGCCCAGUAAAACAAUAAUUGACGUUGCGAAAAAAUCGGAUAACGAUGUAACCGAUAAGGAGAUUAUUAUUAUCGAAAGAAAAUUUACUCGUACAGCGAACAGAUCACAUGGAUCAUCCGUUAGAUCCUUGAAAUUGAGAAAACAUCAAAAGACUUCUGAAAGUGAUACAGGAAUUACUUCGACGUCUGGUUGUUAUUCGGAUCCUGAAUGCUCGAAUGAUACUGCGUCUAAUGUAUCACAUAGUCGUAUUAGAUCAGAGAAACGUAAGUUGGGUAAGGCUUGGGGUAAAAUGAGGAAUUGGUUAAGAGACGAGAAGAGUAAGCUCAGUGAAGUUAUUCAGCGACACGCUCGAAUGCAAAACGUCGGUGCGAUGAUCACUGACCUUAACGAUGAUCAUGAUUUAUCUUUCAAGGACACUAAGUUGAGCAAGGGCAAGAGAUAUGCUUCUUAUGAUUUAACAAAAGCACGAACCCAAGAAUUAGGUUCUAUAACGAGAGUCGAAGAGUUUGGUUUAUCUACAAUAACGAAGGAGACCAAUGACGAACAUGAUAAUAAUUCAUCGUACGUAAACAGACGUUCGAAUUCAGGCUCACCAAACUCUGAUAAUAGAAUUUUCAUCGAUGAUAUCAAUCCGGAAGAUAAGAUGUUCGCAAAUAGAAGGACCGCAUUUUGUAAGACCGCUAGCUCGGAUGAUAUCCUUGGUAAUGGAAAGAGGAAUUCGCUUCUACCUGUCUCGUUCAGCAUGGACAAACUUUGUUCCGAUACGGAGAAUGAUGAGACUUGUGUUGCUAGUGCCGAGCUCGAAACGACAAGGGAUCGAGCUGGGAAAGGCGGCAUGAUUAAGAGGAGAAUGUUGGGGUCAAUCAGAGGGUUAAUGGCCUCCACUCAUCUCUUACAGACGACCAACGAUAUUCACGAAGAGGGCGGCCAAAGUGGAUUCGAAGAUAUUCGAAGAUAUGUUAAACAAGGUGGAGAUUUUUGCAAAGAGUUGGCUUCGAUUCUUCAUGAAAGGGCUGAACUGGAAGCUACGUAUGCUAAAGGGCUAAGUAAAUUGAGCAGUAAAUUAACUAAGGCUUGUUCCAAAGAUCAAAGUGGAAACAGCAAUGGAGGUGUGAACGAGGCAUGGAGGUGUGUCGGAGAAGAAAUGGAAGCUGCUGCUGAAGCCCACAGAGUAUGGGGCAUUGCGUUAGGUGAACAAUUAGCAAAACCGUUGAGAGUUGGCGUAGCAGAGGCUCAAGGUCGCUCGAGAAAAUCAAUUGAAAAUUCUGUGGACAAAGCUUUAAAGUCUCUACAGGAAUGGCGUAACAUUGCUUCAAAGACCAAGAAGCAAAGUUUUGCUUGUGCAAGAGAGAACGAAAGGCUGCAGGAUUUGGCAAGAUUGCAAUCUAUCAGUCAAAGCCAACAAAAUAAUAAUAAAUCAUCUAAUCAUCAUAUGACAGAAAAAGAAGCGAAUAAAUUAGAAGCUAGGAGACGAAAAGCUGAAGAUUCUUCUCGUAGAGCUGAUACAGAAUUUUACACUGUCAGCGUAAGAGCUGAAAGAGCUAGAUUGGAAUAUGAAAGUACGGUAAAAAAAGGAUCUAAACAAAUGGAACUUCUUGAAGAAGAACGUUUGAGUGCCUUGAAAGAUCUUGCCAAUGUUUAUUUGGCACAUUUGCAAGCACUUGCUCCUCGUCUACAGCAGAGUGCUGAUCGUUUAUCUACACCCAUACGAAAUUGUAAUGUAUCUCAGGAUGUGGAAAUUUUGAAGAAUCUUAUACGUAGAACAGAAAGUAAUGAUACAGUAAAUGCAGAACAAUUACUUCCAGAUUUUUAUGCGGAACAUAUAACGUUAGCAAUGAACAGAGAACGACGAAAACAAUCAUUAGUUAGAAUAUUGCAUUUAAUUAGACAAGAUCUAGAAAGAGAAAGGCGAGGAAGAGAAGGAUUAGAAACUUUACAUAGAGCUUUUAUCAAGACACCUGCAUUCGCAGCUGAUGAAAGUACACAAAAUGUUACAGACAAAUUACAUCAUAUGCGUUCUAUGCUACUAUAUUUGGAAGCUGCAAGAUAUAAGGUUGGUGGGACAUUAGCAGAAGUUGAAGGUAGCAAAAGGAACAAGCAUCCUUUAGCAGAACACAUAUUAGUUUCUAGAGAUAAACAAGGACUUCAGCAAAGUGUUCUCAAGAUUCCUUCUUGGGCAAGGAAUGAAUCUUUUGAGAUACAAGAUAUUGAUGACGAAAUAGACGUACAUUUAGUAAAAGGACAUGAAACUGAGAACCGAGACUGGGCAGAUAGAACGGCUGGUGAUGGUAAUUCAGAAAAUCCACCGGAUGAAGAAGAUUUUAGUGAUUUCGAUGAAUUCAGUAGUCAUUCAGAAGACAAUAAUAAUCAAGACGUUGAUGUUACGGUUGUAACACCUAAGUCAGAUAGUACGGAACAGUGCAGGGCAAUAUAUCAUUAUGCUGCAAAUCUUAAUGACGAAUUAAGUCUGAAUCCUGGUGACUUAAUAACUGUUCAUCAAAAACAAGCAGAUGGCUGGUGGAUAGGUGAAUGCAAAGGACGAACUGGUAUAUUUCCUGCUACAUAUGUCCAAGUAAUACAUUAAAGGGUAUUAUUUAUCACACAAUGUAUUUUGAUGAUUUUUUUUUAUCAAAUACCAAGGAACAAAGUGCCAAUGAUUAAAAAUUAAAACGGCGAUGUAAACGCACAAAACACGUGAUUAAACCAUAAUUAGCUCAACAUAUAAAAUUAUAUUAAUGUUACCAACCAUGUUAUUAGAAUAUAACAGGUACUUAUGCUGUAACAAUUGUUAGUGUCCUUAUGCAAUUUGUUUUCUUUACAUUUAUCAUAAUAUAAUUUAAAUGAUUUUAUAGCGCUAUGAGCUAACUGGUUAAAUCCUUUGUCAUUAGAAAUUGUAUAUAAAAUAAUAUAAAUGUUGCCAAUUGUAAAUAUUAGUCAAAAAAUAAUUUAAAUGCGAUACGUACAAGUAUAAACGCUAUAUAUAAAUAGUAUUUUUAAGAUAAAAAAUGCAUUUAUUUACGAAAAUAAUAUCUGUAUAUAUGUUAUGACCUUUUCAUUGUUUCUCAUUAUUCAUGAUGCCCCUAUUAUGGACUUUGUCCGUAACAUAUAUAAUAAAAUUAUGUAUUUCUCUCUUU